AUGGAUCAUCUUUUUUCCGUAUCAGCCGACUGCCAGGAUGUCUCCUACUCGGACACCGAGGUCAUCUUCCCUCAAAUUAAACGGGUCACCCGCAUAGCCGUCCUCGGGCAAAUCUCGGCCUUCUACGUGCAGACGUCGAUGGGCGAUGGGCCCCCGCGGAAUAUCAGGACGGCCACCGGGCGCAAUAUGGUCCUCUACUCUUCCCUUUCGCACGUUCCGCCCUGGCAGCACGUCGACCUGCUCGCCAAUUUGAUCCGAAUCGUGCCCGUGUUCCGCAGCGAACACAAGAAGCACCACACCCCAGCGCUCGUCAUCACUGUUUGCGAUCAUGACACGAGGAUGCUCUCACUCGUCGAUUCCCCAUUCACCGUGGACGUCUCGAAGACGGCGCUGGUUGCCAUGUACGAGAACGAGCUCACGGUCCAAUUCAGAACAUUCCGCUCCGGACUCUUCUUCUUCUCACUGUCAGACCACGGGGACGUGCUGAUCGCCCAGAUUACGCAGGGCACCAUCCAAGUCAUCUUCGAUUUUGGCUCUCUCUCCCCGUCAAAAAUCUCGGGAGGCCGAGCUCUGGACGACGGGGAAUGGCACGAAAUGCGCUGGGUGCACCAAUUCGAUUCAGUUCAGCUGAGCAUCGACGGCGUCAUGCUAAACCAAACAACCCCGACGGGCCUAUACAGGAAAUUGGACCUACAUUCGCAGGUCCAUGUCGCCGGCCGACCGCCAGACGACUUCUCACCGGGCGUCGAGUCUUCGUUUCACGGUUGCUUGGCAAGAAUGUUACUCAACGGGGUCGAUCUGCUGUCGCACGCGCCUAGCGAUCUUGAUGCGCCAUGCCAGGUUGGAAUUUUCGGCAAAUCCAUACGAAUC